AUUAUAGAUAUUAUAUCUCUACGUUCAAUUAGAUGUUAAGUCAUGCAUCCAAGUGUUAUGUCCAUUACUGCUCUCCGUAGCAGCGCUUACCGCAUGCGCACUUCACACUUACCGAGUACACACUGGCCACGCGUGUACUAUAGUCACACUUCUAUUUUAAUGCCAGAAGCUUUGGAAAUAUAAUAGUUAUUGUUCAUAAGUAUGGGAGGCCAGUCUAAAGGCAAGAAGAAAAACAAACCGAAGAGGAAAGAGAAUCGUCCAAACAGGGCAGAUGGAGGAUUUGUCGAUUUGUCACCUCAGGAAAGGGUGAAAUUAAGAAUGCACGAGAAGGCUAAGAAGAAAACAGCUGAGAAGUACUCAGUGCAGCAGCUGAUAGAGAAGACCGAGGAAUACAUGGAUAGUUUUGACUUUGAGAUGGCUCGCCUCUUCUGUCAGCGAGCCCUGGAUGUGGAUUCUAACAACCUACAAGCUCUUGACUUACUGGGACAUAUUUGCACUGAAUUGGGAGACGUCCAAAAAGCAAAAGGAGCUUUUCUGCGUGCGGUUGAGCUGAGCCCAGAUGAAGGCCACAGUAAGUACAUGUACCUGGGACAAAUUCACACUGGCCAAGAGGCUGUGGACUACUAUACGAGAGGAAUUCAAGUCCUUCUGCCAGCAUUGGAAAAACAAGAAACAUCAACAGCUCAGGCCAGUGCUGCUGCUCCAACAGAUGAGGACCGUGAGCUUCCCACAGCAAAGGACGUCAGUGUAGCCUACUGCUCCAUCGCUGAGAUUUACUUGACAGACCUCUGCAUGAAUGAGGGAGCUGCAGAUAAGUGCAGGGAGUUCAUAGAAUUAGCAUUAAAAUAUCACCAUGACAACCCCGAAGCUCUCCAGCUUAUGGCCAGUUACCUGUUUAGUACAGAGAAAAACCAGGAAGGCAAAGAAUACCUGUUAAAAAGUGUUGGAAUGUGGUUACCUGCACAGAAACCAGGUGCAUCUUCCUCCACCGAUGAGGAAGAUCUGCAGAAUGUGCUCCCUCCAUACGAGUCUCGCAUCACCGCGGCCAAACUGCUCAUCGAGUCGGAGGAAUAUGAGAUGUCCGUAGAUGUGUUGGAGGGUCUUCUGGAGGAAGAUGAUGAAGUCGUACAGGUGUGGUACCUCUCUGGCUGGGUGUGCUACCUCCAGUGGGUAAAAGCAAAGGAGCAGCAAGAGAGAGAGGGAAGAGAAGCGACGGAGGAGGAGAAAGAGGAGCGGCAGGCAUUGCAGGAGGCAGCCAGAUCCUACCUGACCAAUGCAAAGAAGCUCUACAGUAAACUACAGUGUGACGAUCAGCCCAUGUUGGAGCAUGCGGAGCAACUGCUGGGCGAACUGGGAGGGGAGAUGGAAGCAGAGGAGCUUGAUCCAGCCUUGGAUGAGGACUUUGAGCCCUGCAGUGAUGAGGAAGCAAAUGAUGAUGCUGAGGCCCCCAUGGAGCACUGACCCCCACCACCUUUCUUUUGAUAUUACUUUUUCCCAUCCUGCCUUCCUGUAGUUCUCUAAAGUGCCUUUUUUAACAGUUUUUUUUUUCCUUUCUCACCUGCUCAUCAAAGAUUAAAUCGUUGUGCACAAACUCCUA